AUGCGCUCACAACGCAACAUCUCGCUCGUCUGCUCGCACUGCGAGGGCAAAGCCGGCGAUGUCAUCGUGGGCGGCGUCCUCGACCUACCCGCAAAAGCAAUGCACGCCAAACUAGUCUGCUACAUGAACGAACAAGACGACCUCCGCAAACUACUCCUCCGCGAGCCUCGGGGCCGCCUAGAAUGA